CAUCGCACUUGUGUUUGCCCAUUCUAUCUUUCGUCAAUGUUGGAUAUAAAGCGUAUAAGAGAGUAGGCCUUGCUCUUAACGACAGGUCAAAACAAUGGUAUUUUCAUCAAUCAUCAAGCCGAGGCAUUUACACCAUCUGUGUUUGUCACUUUUGUUGUUUCUCUGGAGCACUCGUUACGCAAUGGCCGAUUUGAGUGAUUCACCAAAUCCCACAGGAACAUUACUCAAAGGCCCGUCAAAUCAGUCUGUCGUGAUUGGAAGAACGGCAAGAUUUCAAUGCCGAAUACUUGAUCGUCAUCUCUACGGAAUUACUCCCGAUGAAUUAGGUCAGAGUUUUAACAAACAACUUAUUGUACAAUGGAUAAUAGACGGUUUUGGAGUUACUAAUGAAACGCUCAAGUCGGUUUAUGGAUCCCGAUACCACAUGCCGGGACCAGCUGAUCAGGGCAUCUACGACCUGCUAAUUCAUGAGGUCUCGCUGGAAGAUGAAGCGAGUUUUAUAUGUCAAGCGGACGUAAAAUUGUACAAAGCCUCCCCGCCACCUUUGAUCGAAACCCUGGCAAGCAAACCCGCAUACCUGAAAAUCAUCAUUCCACCAACCAGUCUCACGCUAGCAAGACGUGACCAACCAACUCGAUAUCAAGAGCUCAGCGCUCAGCUUCCCGGUUCAAAACUUGACCGACCACAUAUCAUUAGCGAAUCUUUUGUACAAAGCCCCUUUCAAGCGAACCAAAAGCUACUGGACACGGGGACCAUGCAUUUGAUUCCUCGUUCAAAACAGUUUGAAAAUAGUCGUAUCGUUGCAGACGACCCGGCGAUCGGUUCCGGUUCCCACGUCUACAAACCAGUACUGUUUGAUAAUACACGAAAACUCAACCUAACCGACACAUCCGGAGAGCAAAUACGUAUUUCAAAACCACCUCCGGUGUUGUGGAUACGAGAGCAAGAACGAUUGGUUGUGGAAUGUCGUUCAUCCGCGGCUAAACCAGCUCCGACCAUUCGCUGGUUCCUUUCCGGUGUACCACUAGACCCGACGAAAGGUGAAAGGGCUAUUGGAUUGGGCAGCGUAAGGGCACCGAUGCAUGAUGCAUUGGACAGUCAAUCAAGUGGUAGACUUAGCCAAGUGGAAGUCGAUGAGAAGUUCGAAAUCGUCGAACAGCAUUUUUUCGAACCAGUCAACUAUACUGCGCCAUUCGUGCACCACCCGCUGCCCCAGCAUUCUUUAGCAAGAAAUGUUUCACCUGACGGGGAGUUGCACACCUCCUUGUUCUUCUGUUACCUUGGUGCUUUUGACCUAGACCCACUCCUGGUGGAUUUACUGAAAACGAAGGCCAGUAUUUACCUUCUGUAUGUUGAUGAUGACGAUGAUGAUGAUGAUUCGGAUGAUGAUGAUGAUGAUGAUGAUGAUGAUGAUGAUGAUGAUGAUGAUGAUGAUGAUGAUGAUGACGAUGAUGAUGAUGGUUGUCCUGGAGAUGACGCUGAGAAUACUGUUACCAGAAUGUUAGAUGGACCUGCUUUCGAACAAGGUCUGGAUAACAUAAGGCCGGCCAAACCCGGCCAAACAAUCUACCUGGAGUGUACAGUCGACUCAAACCCGCUGGCACACGUAGCCCUCUACCGGAUUGGACCUCGUGGGCAGGCAAUGUUGAAUGAGCUGAGUGAUGAGGACGAUGAGCCGACCAAUCAGUCUAGCGUGAGCCGCUGGCAAAAUGUGAAUGCGAAACAUUCGCAGUACAUCGGUGCCCGCGAAAUCAGUCCAUCCGCACUGGCAAACGCCGUGAAGUCAAAGGGCAGCGAA